AUGGCUUGUCUCAUGCAGAAGCUCAAGUGUGAUAGUAGCAUCGCUGCGUACGCUCUCUCCCCACUCUCGAUCAACGGCGCCCAAGCAGUUUGUACAAAAGACUCGCAAGCGCUCUCCACCCGUAGGGUCCCUUCUCCGUUUUCGAAAAUCGUGCCAUUGCAAGCACCUCAGUCCAAGUUGGAAUUCCCUACUGAGCGUACGAGCACCGUGAUCAUGGCCAUGACACCCAUCACUCCACUGGAGCCAUCAGAGAUGUUCCAGAGGAGCAAAGCGCAGUCCUUUUUCUCGCCUGCUCUCACCGCGAGGUCUUCCCUCGAGCGCCCACUUUCGCACAUUAGUGUGGCCUAUACCGACAUUGAAGAUGAUUCCAGUGAUUUCGAGGAAUACAGUGGCUCAUCUGACAACAGGCGAAGUCAGACGACCAUCUCGACGUUUGAAGAAGUGCAGACGCCUGGAGAGGAGAUACGACCACAGUAUGCCGAAUGGUACAUGGAGAAGCCGGUCGAGGGCCCCAGAGGACCACAUCUCUUCCGCGCCUCGUCCUCAUCCAACGACUUCCCCUACGACUAUGCUCUGCAAAUGUCUCCGCUCCUUCCCAAGGAACCGCCAUCCCGACUCCAGACAUCCUUUCGAGAGGCGACACCGGAGACGGUAGUGCCACAGCUCGAAUACAACAACAUCGCACUGGCCGUCGCUCAUCUCGACAACGCUGAAGUGCGAGCCUGGACAUCGCAAGACGUGGCCACCUGGAUGUAUCAGAACGGAUUUGAGGAUGAGGUCAUUGAACGCUUCCUCGAUCACGACAUUACGGGAGCCGUCCUACUGGAUCUUCAGUUUGAUGACCUGAAGGAGCUGGAGAUUCAAUCGUUUGGCAAGAGGCAUCAAUUGUGGAAUCAGAUCGACUCGCUGCGCACGUCCGAGGGCCUCAUGUCUCCCGUCGCACCUGCGGCCAUUCCCACUCCCUUUGAAGACAUUGAGCGUCCCUGCGCGGAAGCGAGAACCAGGUCCAAGAGCAAAGGUCGCACAGGAGGUCGACGAAACAAGUCACAGCGUCGUCAUCAAGCAAACGACGCAAUCACUCCCGCGCAUUCCGUCUCGAUUGUGGCCAUCGAGCAACUGCUACCGAAGCCGCAUGUGUGCAAUAGGGGUGAGCGAUGCUCCAAGUUCAGGAAACAGCAACGACAACUCGCUCGACUCCAGCAAGAGCACGGGUUCCCCAUCUCGCCCGAAAAAGGAGGCCACAUCUUCAUCGCAGGCAAUCCCGGUAAUCCUCAAACCGCGCUCCGAGCCGUCGAGAAUGUCUACCGUCCGGCUUCGGAGACUGCUACGUCGGUCGUGGUACCAUCUGUGGUAGCAUCAUCUGAUGUCCUUGGGCCCGGCCAGCUACCAGACUUCUCCCUGGAAGAGUUACAGAAAGUGGAGAAGCGUGACCCGCAAGACAAUGUGCGACAGUUUCUCUCUCUCCAGGGCAUGGACCGUCCAUACACCAGCGCAACGCCCAUUGAGGCCCCUCCCACGCCCCCUAUGGAACUCUUCCCUCCCCGUCCUUUCCUCGUGAUUCCUGAGCAACAACAAUACCAGCACCACCACCAACCAGAAGUCUCGGCUUUUUCUGCAUCAACAUCUGCGCACACUACCAAGUCCUUUGACAACUUCUCUACCACACCAUCCCAACUGCACCCUGCUGAGUUUGUGCCAGCGCCCCACAACAACCUCAAGAGUCUCCCGAAAUUGACCAUCCCACCAGCUCGUUCGCUAUCUGCCCAACCCUAUGGUAACGCUCGCAGCGCGGUCCCAACGAAACAGCACCCCGUACCCGACACCGCCUUUUCUCCAUGUAGGACAGCGUCCCCAGGAGGCGUCUACCGAUUCGGUACACCCUUCUCCGAGAUGGACGUGCCUGUGACAGCUGUACGACCAGAGCCCGUGGUACGAGACACGAGCCAGUCCGUGCCUCCCAACAUGCAGUACAAGAACCCAAUCCAGAGGGCCGGAUCGCGUCAUGACCGGCGCCGACCGUCUCUUCCCAUGCCAGCGCUAGACGAAGACCGUGUCUUCAGCCCCACGGCGCACUCCGACGACGACACUCUUCGUGGCACCCAAUUCUUCGACUACAGCCCUGAUUCGUCGCCCACGAGGCCUUCUGCUGCUGCUGCUCAACGUUUCGAGACGGAAGCUGCUGAUACAGUGGCCCCGCUCCCCAAGGGAGGUUUCAUGUACAAGGGUGUCAAUCACCAUGGCUGGAUGAAGAAGCGUCGUACCAAGCUUCUGCGACACGAGUGGCAGGACCACCACUUUCGUCUGCAAGGCACGAUGCUAGCCAUGCAUCCCAACGAGCUGCCCUCCUCGUCGGCCCUGCAGACCAUUGACGUGGACGACUACGCCGUGGCCUGCUCCUCUCUGGCCUCGAACAAGCUCUCGGCCAAGCUCAAGGCCCUCAAGCUCUCCUCGGGUCACUACAAGGAAAAGGACAACGUGACCAACCCGGCGUUUGAGUUCCAGCUCGUGCCCACUGCCCCUUCCUCGGGCAAGACCGAGGCCAAGAGAGUCACGGCCCACGGCAAGGUUCACCACUUUGCCACCACCACAAAGGACACCCGCAUCGACUGGAUGCGCGAGCUCAUGCUUGCAAAGGCGAUGAAGGCCAAGCAUGACGGCUACGAAGUCACCGUCAAUGGUGCGGGCGUGUAA